AUGCGGUUGCGCGGGCGAGAGGCAGCCAGCCAUCGCGCGGAGCGAACGAACGCCCCAAGUCACGCACUCAAUCCUCAAUCCUCCAUCCCUCAUCCUCGACCUAUCCCCGUCACCCCGUCACCCGUCACCCCGUCACCCCGUCACCCCGUCACCCCGUCACCCCGUCACUCGGGACCCCUGGUUCACCUCAACCCGCAACGUCUCUUGGUCAUCUCGCCACUGUAUCACAGCUCAGGAAACGGUCACGACGGAGCAACGCCGGUAGAGUGUCUGAGCUUCGUGCGAGAGAGAGACUGUGUGUGUUUGUGAGAGGGCACGAAGGGGUGUUGAUCACAAAGUGAGUAGUACAGCCUCUCCCGAAUGAACCUCACCGCUUGCUCACCGAGCUGACCCUGUCCCUUCUACAGUGAGCGCCUUAACCGCCUACGUCGACAGUCCGUUGGCCAUCCUCCCGCUCUCUUCCGUGCCCCCUAUCCUUUAGCACCACCCCUGACCCAUUCUCAUUUCCCUUCUCCUCACAGAACGCGUCCUCGUCAUCACCCAAGACGGUCGAACAAUAGUAGUACGUCCACCCCCCACCCGACCUCUUUCCCUCCGUCUCCUCGAACCCUGAACAAACCCUCCUCUCCCUUUCUUUCCUUCCUCAGGGCACCUUCGCCGGUUUUGACCAAACGACCAACAUCAUCCUCUCCUCCUCAACGGAAAGGAUCUACUCGCUCGAAGAAGGUGUCGAUGAACAAGCAUUGGGCUUGUUCGUCGUAAGAGGGGAUAAUAUCGUACGUUACGAAUACGAAACAUUCUAACCCGAAUAACCACCUAAAACCUGCAUUUCAUUCUAACCCCCCCCCCCCCCCCCCUCUUCUUCCCAUCAUCGUUUGUUCAAUCCCCCAUCUCGAAUCGGAUCCUCUCUUCGCACUGUUUUUCUCGUAACUUUCAUAUCAACGCUAACACGCGUCGUCGCCGAUCGCGUAGACGUUGAUCGGUGAAUUGGACGAAGUAGCGGACAAAGCCGUCGACCUCUCGACCGUUCGUGCAGAACCGAUACAGGAGAUCGUACACUAG